GACACGGCAUUUCUCCGAAUGCCAACAGGCCAGGCAGCUGCUGCGUGAAUUAUUGGAUUUAGUCUGUUGACAACUGCGUGCCGAGAUGGUCGCGAUCGGGAAGAUACUCUUUCUGGGAGUGGUGCUGCUGAUUGGGGUGACCCAUGGGUACCAGGUUAAGCCGAGGAACUACGACAAGAUCGUACAGCAACAGAUGAAGUUCAACGAGGAGUUCGAGAAGGAGUUCCUUGUGGAGCAUCUGCUGUACACCGAGACGGGCAACAUGUCUGUGCGACUUCAGGAGAUGUUCGAGUACUUGAAGCACAAGCCGGAUAUGUUCCGUCAGGAGCUGGACAACCAUCCGUAGGAGUACCAAACGACGGAAUGUACCGCGUGUCGAUCGCUGGUCACCACAUACCUGACCUAUCGACGUGUGCUGAACUGGGAUCGCGAUCGUAUUGCUGCCCAGGCUGCAUCGACCUGCGACUCGCUGGCAAUUCUGCUGCCGGAGAACUGCGUCAAGGUUAUCGACAAGAACAUCGACAUUUUCCUGUACAUCAUCGACAACAGACCGAGCUUGACUGCGCAAACCAUUUGCGGAGUGAUCUUCCAGUCGGGUGCUUGCGUACUGCAAGAUCCCGAAUUCCUGAACUGGUCGAUCAACGUUGCACCGGGAGGUACUCCGAUCACGUCGUCAAAAACCGGUCCCAACCGAGGUCCUAACGACAUCAAGAUCAUCCACCUGACGGAUUUGCACUACGAUCCGCACUACCGUACGGGGUACAACGCCGUCUGCGGAGAACCAUGCUGCUGCCGUGAAGAGCAGGGCAUUCCAGAAAAUCCGGCAGAAGGUGCUGGAGAGUGGGGAGACUACCGAGACUGUGACUCACCGUGGAAGGCAGUUGAGGAUGCCGUUCAGGAAGCUGGUCGUCGUCAUCCAGAUGCGGCAUAUGUUUACCACACUGGAGAUAUUAUUGAUCAUGGAGUCUGGAUGACAACGAUCCCUGGAAACGUUCGGUCCAUCACAAGAACUAUGGAGCUGUUGAAGCAGGUGUUCCCCAACAAGCCGGUAUACAACGUGCUGGGUAACCACGAGAUCACCCCGACAAACGUGUUCGCUCCAAGUCACAUCACUCGACCGGACUUUUCCGCAAGCUGGGUUUACGAUCUGGUAGCCGAUCAGUGGUCCACGUGGCUACCGGCUGCGACCAGACCAACGAUUCAACACGGAGGUUACUACACCGCUCUGGUUCGGCCAGGCUUCCGCGUGAUUGGCUUGAAUAACAACGAUGCGUACACCUUCAACUGGUGGAUUCUGUACGAUCCUGCUUACCUGCGAAGUCAACUUCAGUGGCUGCACGAUACCCUGCUGCAAGCUGAACAAGCCGGCGAAAAGGUCCACAUCCUGGCCCAUAUCCCAAUCGGCGCAGGCACCAGUUUCGCUCCCUGGUCUCGCCAGUACCGUCGUAUUCUGGACCGCUUCUGGAACACCGUGCAGGCCCACUUCCAUGGUCACACCCACGCCGACGAGUUCAACGUGUUCUACUCACAGGCCAACCCGCAGCACGCGAUCAACGUAGCGUUCAACGGCGGUGGUACCGUUCCAUUCAGCAAUUUCAACCCCAACUACAUCGUGUACUACGUGAACCCGCAGACAUUUGAAGUGACCGACUUUGAGUCCUACUUCUUCAGCCUGUCCGAGGCCAACCGCAACCCGCUCCGGAACCCGCUGUGGCAGCCGCUGUAUUCGUUCAACCGUGACUUCAACAUCCCCAACAGCUCGCCGGCGUCGCUGGACGCUCUGGCACGCCGCUUCGGAUCGAACCCCGCCGAGCUGCACCGCUACUGGCAGCACAAGGUCAAGUUCGGCGAUCCCUUCAUCGAGGAGGGUUGCGACGGUGCGUGCCUGAUGAACCACCUGUGCGAAAUCGUGACCAACACCGCCAACGACGACACCAAGUGCAACGAAAUUAUCGCUCUGUUCCGCGAGAUCGACGAUGAUAAGUGGAAUUUCGAGCAAUAAAAACGAAUGCAGUUUUAUUUUUAAAUU